GGUAUACCCUCCCCACUAAAGUGGUGUAGGGUAUAAUAAUGACUUUGCCCCAUUUAUCUGCAAACGUCGAAAGAAUUUUUAGCCAAGUCAAUUUAAAUAGAACAAAAUUACGAAAUUCUUCGAAAAUGAUCCAUUACUCAAAAGUUUAUUUAAAACUAAGGGCCUAAUUUCCUAAAUCACUACUCCUCACUUCACUCUGCGUUUGUUAAUUUUGUAUUUUGUAAAACACAUUAAUAUGACAGGUGAUUGUUUGCGUUAGAAGCACUUAUGGUUACGUUAUUUUAAAGAAAAGGAAUAGAAAUUUAAAUUUUGUAAAACGUAUCACUUGAAAAAAAUGUCACUCGAAACUUCAAACCUAACACCUAAAUUAUUCAGGCGUUUGGUGUUAAUUUUUUACAAAAAAAUAAAUUUUAAAAAUAAUUAAUAAUAAUCUGAAAAUGGCUAAAAAAUCUACAACGGCAGAAAAAUUCAAAUUAUUGACGGAUGCAAUGGAAAAGGACGUGGAAUUGGCAAGAGGAACUGCAGCGUAUGGAAGUAGCAGAGCUGAUGUGGAAAGGCGAUGGGAGGAAAUUUGUAAAGGUCUUAAUGGCAUCGGACCACCAAUAAGAAAAAUGUCGGAGUGGAGAAAGGUUUGGACAGAUCUAAGAGGAAGGACAAAGAAGAAGUUAUCUUUAAAUAAAAUUAGCAUUUGUCAAACAGGUGGAGGUCCCUAUCAGGAGGUUGAACUCUCACCAAUUGAGCAAGCUGUCGACAGUAUAGUAAAUAUUAAUGUUGCGGCAAACCCAACUGGUAAAAUUUUAGGAUUGGAUAUACCUUCUGACAAUAAAGAAAAUGUGUGCAUUGACUCCGAAAUACCACAGAUAGAGAUUAAACAACCAAAAUUAUUGGGAAAACGUAGUCGUACUUCAAAGAGCGAAAAAUCAAAAAUGACAAAAUUAGUGGAAAAAAAACACUGAAACUUUGGAAAAGCUCACUGAUGCUAUAGAAAACUUAAUACCAGCAGUAAAUAAAUUAUCUACUUUAAUUGAAACACAAAGCAUUAUUUAACUCAUUUCAAUUUAAAUGUUAUUUUAUUAAAAUAAAUAAAAAUUCAUAACAAUGUAU